CAGGGGCGCAUGCGCAGGGCGGGUGGCGCGGGCAUGGAGCUGGACGUGGCAGCGCUACUGCCCGCGCUGCUGGCGCUGCUGGCCGUGGCCGCCACCCUGCUGGUUUGGAGACUUCUACGCGGCAGGAAGAGCAGCCGGAGAGCAGUGCUUCUGCUGGGCCUUUGUGACUCAGGGAAGACUUUGCUUUUUGUCCGUUUGUUAACAGGCAAAUACCGAAACACCCAAACCUCCAUAACAGAUAGCUCUGCCAUAUACAAAGUCAGCAAUGACAAGGGCACUAGCAUGACUUUGAUUGACCUCCCAGGCCAUGAGAGUCUGCGGCUUCAGUUCUUGGAGAAGUUCAAGGCUGCAGCCCGAGCGAUUGUGUUUGUCGUGGACAGUGUCAUGUUCCAGCGGGAGGUGAAGGAUGUGGCAGAGUUCCUGUAUCAGGUCCUUGUGGAUGGCAUGGUAUUAAAAAAUGCUCCCCCACUGCUAAUAGCCUGCAACAAGCAAGACAUCACAAUGGCCAAAUCAGCCAAGCUUAUUCGGUUGCAGCUGGAGAAGGAGCUCAACACCUUGCGAGUGACCCGCUCAGCUGCUCCUACCAGCUUGGAUGGCUCGACCUCUGGCGGUGCUGCUCAGCUGGGCAAGAGGGGCAAGGAGUUUGACUUCUCACAGCUGCCCAUGAAGGUGGAAUUUGUCGAGUGCAGCGCCAGGGGCAGCAAGGGGGAUGAAGGCAGCGCUGACAUCGAGGACUUAGAGAAAUGGCUGGCCAAGAUUGCCUGAGAGCGGGGAGCCUGGGGGAGACGGUAGAGACCAGUGAGGGGGAGGGAGAAACUCAUGGUGAAGGCAUUUGGCAUCUAAGAGGAAAGCACUGCUUUGAAGGAGACACCCUGCAAUAUCAUUGUGUUUCAGAGAUGAUUUCAGACAUGGCUUAUAGGUGAAUGCAGUUACUGGCUCGGGGCUGGGCUUGAGUUGAUUUAAUAACGUACUUGCUGCUGGGAUCUCAGCAGAGCACGGCCCUGCUCUUUCCUUUUCAACCUGCUUCCUCUGGGAUGUUGACCCCAUGGUUUCUUUGAUUCUUGGAAUAGGAUUUUGGUCAGGGCAGGCAGCCUGUAUCAGAGGCAGUUUUCAAAGGGGCAGGUGGCUUAUUUUUAGGUAUCGGCAGUUGUCUUGGCCUUGAAUUCCAUGAUUGUUCCCAAUUUUGCUUGGCCUCUUCUCCUCCCUGGUGCCCAUCAAAGUUACCAUCCUCCUUGUGUGUGGCUCUGACUUCUUUUCCCCUCUCUGCCUUCUCACUGCUUCAGGAGUAGCAAGGCUGUGAUUUUUGUGUGGCCGUGGCUAAAAUUCAGUGACUUGCCCAGUUGCACGUGCUCCUGAGAAAUCAACUGCUGAAUGCUAUGGAAUAUAUAAAAAAGUUGCUUAAACAAAGGCUUGGAGGCUCUUCCUCUCCUCUCCCCUACAACCCCCCCCCAAACCAGUACCCAGCAUCAGGAGUGUGGAGCCCUUGGAAAACCCUGUCCCCUCUAGGCAAGGCAGUUGGUGACUGGGCACUGAGGAGCAUCUGAAUGUGGUUCUAUUCCAGUCUCUUCUACUGGCUUGCUUGUGCCAGCAGUGUUAAGCGAGCACAUGCAUUCUUGUAGGUGACUUCUCAGCAGCCCUGCAGGUUUACUUGGAUGGGUGACCUCCCUUAAAGAACACUGUAGUAGUUGUCAUUACAAUGGUGGCCUAGGCUGAAGUGUGGAGGGGUGAGGGGCACAGUCUCGUUAGUCUGGCAAGGACAAGUCACUUAAUUUGGAUGCAGCCUGAGGUCUGGAUUCCCAUUUCCACAAGCUAUCUGCUCAUGCUUGAGUUUGGAAGGGGGCAGGUGCUGUGAAUCCACUUGUGUUCAGGAGACCACACCCCACUUCUGAUACUCAAACAUCUGAAAACAGCCUGGCCAGCUAGCCGGGCACUCUCCCCCAACAAGAAUUACUGCUAAGCUUGGGAGACUUAUAAAAAUGUGUAUGAAGACGCUAUAUACUUGCAAGUUUCUCUUGUAUUUGGUUACCUCAUAUUUUGACUUUAGACCUUAAUCCCACUAGCGGAGAUGUGGAGUCUUAGAGGCUACACCAGUCAUGCCAGAGCAAGAAUAGAGACAUUCCCAGUUAAAAACAUGUCUGGUUAUCAGAUGCACUUAGUAAUUUUCUUGAUAUUGCUUCAUUUGGAAAGUUGGCUGUACAGCUGGUGGGAGUCAGUAGGUGUGUGACUGGCUCACAUGGGCCUUCCCAGAGGCAGGCUAGGCUGGCCUGGGAACCAGUUUCACAAACGAGCAGGGGACCUUUUUUAGCAGCAAGUUGCAUGUGCACAUGUUGGGGUGCGAGGCAGCUGCCCUAAUGGGCUGGCUGAGAUUGGACUUCUUGGGGACCUUUCCAAAUGGGUUGCUGUCUGCCCUUGCUCCACGGGGGCUCUGGCUACUGCAUGGUCUGUGCCUGGAGUGGACUUUUAUGGCAGAGCUUUGUCAGAGCGAGCCCUUUGAUGCUGGGCUGCCCACAUUGCCUCCCCUUCCCUCACUGGGACCUUUGCUACAAAGAGGAGCCCAGUGAACCAGCACCACUGCUCCUGCUCGUUCGUGCUGUAAGGGGACCAUCUCUACUGCAUCCGAACAAGAGCAGCUGCUGCUCUUACUUGGAGAAGCAGUGAGUACCCUUGUUCACUAUGGACGAUUCUGGGCUUCCCUUACCAGGUGCCUCUUCCCCCCCUUUACUCUGGCAGAUGGAGCUGAAAGGAUGGCAUAUACCUGUGCUCUCCCAGUGUCGAGGAGCAGGAGCGUGAGAUCCGAAUGUCGCUCCUGGUAUUCCUAGCCUGCUGUUCUCUGGCAGCUUCCCUUCUCCAGGUGUGAUGGCUGCGUUCAUCACCACCCAACAUGCCCUUUAUUAGAGGCUGUGUUCAGCAGCCAAGUAUUCUCUUCACAGUGUGUUCCUCUCCCCGCUGGCACCUCACGUUCACUGCUUUGUGCUACCUGGUCCGCUACUAAAGUGCUUUCUGCAAAUAGUGCUGCUUCUUCAAGAGAUGUUGAUUUUUCUAGAGCUGGGAUGUGCUUCCCGCGCUUGAGCCCCCAGUCUCCUGGCUGCCACGAGUCCUUUCCUCCUGUUUUACCAACAAGAAGCUAGUGCCAAGAAUUCAGUCAUGCGGUGAAUAUUGUGGGGUAGUGGCAGCAGGGAGGGAGGUCUCCAAGAACAGCUCCUCCCGGCUUGGUUGUCUCGUUCAGCCCCGCUUGAAGCAAGUCUGAUUGGGAGUGCGCUGGCUGAGAUGGAAAUGCAGAGAUGUAAGAGUUGGCUGUUGUGCUUCCCAUGCACAGCCUGCUCCUGCUCAAUUCCUGACCUACAAUUGUAGGGCAGGGAAGUUGAGAUGAUAAACGCUCUCAGGUCACAAGACCAAAGCUCUUCAUUCAACCGAUUUUUGCAUUAAGUUGUGCUUUUAAAUGUCAAAGUGUGUGCUUUUUCAGCAGCCAUGUGUUGCUGCGUCUGUCUGUCUUCCGUCACAGCUUGAAUUAGCUCACCAGGGCCAUGGCUUGGUUCUCUUUACUUGCAUCUGCCAUGCUGCAGCAAGACAUGAUGUUGUCUUUAUUUGCCAUUUACUCUAUGGAGGCCUGCCUCUGGCCAAAGCAGGCCAAGUUCCAGCCUGUAGGGUGUCAUAAUGCUCGAGCCCAUUUUGGUUUUAAAUUAUUGUUUAUAGAUAUAUUUACUUUAGUAAAGAAGUUUGGCUAAA